CAUCGUAGCAGCUGAGAGAGUUCUCUUGCCGUGUGCUCAACAUUACACCGGUACGCCAAUAAGGAGGAGAGAGGGAGAAAUAGUAUGGGUUUCUCUGAUUUCGAGCAAUGGUGGGAUGAGUGGCAGCUGCGCAUUCUCGUGCUGGCCAGCCUCUUCAUCCAGUACUUCCUCUUCUUCUCGUCCCUGGUGCGCAGGUUAGCUCUUCCAGCUUGGCUCAGACUUUUCAUCUGGCUAGCCUACCUGGGCGGAGAUGCUCUAGCCAUAUAUGGCCUGGCCACCCUCUUCAACCGCCACAAGCAGCUGCCCACCGAUGGGCGUGGCCUAGAGUUCUUGUGGACGCCUUUCCUCCUCAUCCACCUUGGGGGCCAACACCCGAUGACGGCCUACAGCAUCGAAGACAAUGAGCUGUGGACGCGGCACGCCAUAACCAUGGUGUCCCAGGUCACGGUCGCCCUCUACGUCUUCUACAAGUCAUGGUCCGGGGAGAAGAGGUUGCUUCAGGCGGCAAUCUUGCUAUUCGUCGUUGGGAUCAUCAGAUCUGUCCAGAAGCCAUGGGCUCUAAAGAAUGGCACUAUCAGUGGCAUGGUCGCCUCUUCCUCUCCAUCCACGCGAAGGGAACAAGGUUUGUUUGCAUUAUUACGGGAAGCCUGUAUUUCCCUUCAUGGCAUUAUAUUGUCCGACAGAGGAAGACGAGAAGAAGAAGCCGAAGAGCAGGACAUUCCGCUUGAAGAAUUUGUACAAAGAGCAAGAAGGUGCGUACGACAGUCAGAGUUAGACAGUGAUCAAGAGUUCGCCAAAGUACAUGCUUCAUACACAAUGGAAAAGUAUGUCUACAGGCUACUAGUAGACAUAUUAACUCCAUACUCUAGUCGGAUUGAAAUCCUAGAAGUUUUAAUGGCCCUUGAUUGCCAACAUGCACAUUCGAUCUCAGAAUUCAACCUCGGUUGGUUAUUUGCGCUGCUCUAUACAAAUUUGAAUAUGAUAAUCAGUGGCCUUGGCUUAUGUUUGCACCUCGUGGCUCCAUUCCUGACAUUAGCCUCUGUCAUCCUCUUCUCCACAAGCCACAAAUAUCAUGACUACAAUGCAGCAGAUGUCAAGAGUUGGUCCUUGGAUAUGUGAUUGAUGGGUGGAAAGGAUACAUCCACGACGCUGCCAGCUACAAGAGAUUCAACAGCCAUAGGGGCGAGUGUACACUGAACAAACAUCAUCUGGG